UCGGCCGCUGGGUCCCGGGGCCCUGCCCGACCCGCUUUCGUCGUGGCCGCGGGACGCCACAGCCCUGACUUGGACCUGCUGCCGCCUGGUCCCCCAGGGCCACCUCUGCAGCCGGCCUCUUGCCCCCGGGGCUUUCCCAUCUGUGGGUUCAGGCGCGGGUCCCCUUGCUCCCCGGGCCUCGGUGGGACCCAGGCCCCUUUCCUGACUCAGGCCUUUCUGCCCAUAGGACCCCCUGCCCCGUGCUCCGCCUCGGCCCCGCCCCGCCCCCAGUCCUUCAGCUGUUUCCCGGGAGAGGUGUGUGGGCAGGAUGGGCCGGCGGCGGUGCGGGUGCUGUGUUGAGCCCAGGCCAGCUGAGCCGUGCAGUGCAGCCACGCAGGGCGCCUACCUGGGAGGUAGUGGGAGAGCAUGGAGGCCUGGCAAUGGCCUAGACUUUGGACUCGUGCCUCCGAGUUGGCCUCCUGGCAGGCUGCCCACGAGCCAAGUGCUGGUAGUAGAAGGGGCUGGUGCAGGUUUAAGGAGGGUUAUCCUGGAAGACCAAGACCCUUGGGGAGAGGUGGCAGUUGGGGGUGGGUAUGACAGGUGGAGUUGGGUUAGCCUCAGCUUUUAUUGGGGUUCUUGGUGGAGGAGAGGUCCUGACUGAAUCCUGUGUUAAAGGUCCUUGCUGCUGGGAGGAGAGUGAGGCCAGGAGGGCCUGGGUGGCCGCAGGGAAGCUGGUGCAUUGGUCAGGGCUGGAACUGUCCUUAGAUACAUUUGGGGAUAUUUACAGAGUUGCUGACCAAUCCCUGACACUCCACAUGAAGUGGUCAGGGAGCAGAGACCCUAUAGCCAGUGCCAUCAGAAAACAGACCCUAUCAUGUACCCACAUGAUCUCAAAGAAACACUAUUGCUUCAUAGUUUAAAUAACCUCUCUGUUGGUAAGCCUAUUGUACGCAUGUGUGUGUGUGUGGUCCUGGGACUGGAACCCAGGGCCUCACAAGUGCUAGGCCAGCACUCUACCACUGAACCACACCACAGCCCAGUGACUUAGCUUUUAAUAAGAGAAACUAAAUACUGAUUAUAUGAAUAAACAUCAUCCAACACUUGUCCUUUCCCACAGCAUUUGCUUGUGAUAUUUUUGUAGAAAAUAUCCUCAGGUAUUCAAAUUGGUACAAGUUUCUGUUUGCUAUUAUGUUGUGCCUGAAAAAAAAAAGAUGAGGUUAGGUAUAAAAUUAUAAUUUUGAAGUGGAUUUCUAGUACUUUGAGGGGCCUCAUACUUGGGCUGUGUGCAGAUUAAAUCUUGCCUGUUAUGUACAUGGGUUAGAAGUACGCAAGAGCAAGUGGACUACUAUGUGGAAUCUUAAAAUUGUAUAAAACAGUAGUGGGCCAUUGGUGGAAACACACAUUUGGGGAGCUUGAAUCCCUAGCAUUUGGGUUAUUCCGGAGUCUGUUGUUUGAAGAGUUUGGCAUAAACAUCAACAUUGGCCAGGGGCAAGGCAGUGCCACCCCACAUGGCCAGGUUGCAUCCUUAUCUGCUUUUGAUGUCUUGGUUUGGGCAAUGUUGAUUUUCAUAACAUACAAUCUGCUUUUUUGGGUUUGCACCAAUAUUACUCAGCCAUGUUCACAUUCCAGAUUAGGGGUGUUGAAUCUUAAGUGCAAGCUUAGGUGAUUUCAGCCUCAUUAGGGUCACAGAGUAUUCUUGGGGGCAUGUCCCUAUUUCCCUUUGCUUGCUGCUCUUUCCCUAGACAGUGGCCCAGGACUAUAGUACCUGGGCUGGAGCUGGACUUAUGUAGGGCACAUGCUGCCAGGUUCUCCCUGUAGCAGAGGGAAGGGGCAGGCAGCGGCCAGGUGCUGAUAGCCCACACUCUCCAGGGUGGCUGGGGGGCCCAUUAUUGAGGUUUCUCUUUGCCACUCUUUGAUAUUUAGGAGAUUGGAUUAUUUUGGAGAAGGAGGCAUGUGUCUGUGGUAAUUAAGCACAUCACCAUCUUUUUUUAGCUCUUUGGAAAUAGAAAUUCAGCUUUAUGUUUUUUGAAUAAAUUCUAAGUAGUCAGCCGUGUAUAUUUUUGUGUGCAUGCAUGUACAUCAUUUUUAGUACCCUUGAAGGCUUCUUCCUCACCCUGAAGGGCAACACUGACCUCCAGAGAUAAUGACCACUCAACUUCUGUCAUCACAGGUUUGUUUUGCCUAACCUUGAACUGCACAUAACUGGUACCGUUCCCCAAAUACUGUUUUGUGUCUGGUAGACAUGCCCUUUCUUUUCCUUUUUUGGCAGUAUUGGGAAUGGAACCCAGGGCCUCCUCCGUGCUAGACAAGUAAUUUAUCAUUGAGCCAUACCCCCAGCCCUUUUUAUUUUGAAAUGACAUCUUGCUAAGUUUCUGUGGCUGGCCUGGAACUUGGGAUGCUCCUACCUCAGCCUCUUUGAGUAGCUGGGGUUGUAGGUGUGCACCACCCUGCCUGGCUUGGGGAUGCCCUUUUAGUAAAAUGUAAGUCUUCUAUAUGAAGCUGGAGCAUUUGUAUGUGGACUACAGUUGAGAGUGAGGAAAUCAGAACUUCCUAUGACCACCCCCACACACCCACCCCCACACACACAUACUUUCUCUCUCUCUCUCUCUCUGUCUCUCAUACAUGUGGAUGUCAGUUCUGUUCUCAAGCCACUACUCUGAUAGAGCACGACUUCACAGUAAAACAAUCUGGAACCUGAAAGGUCUGCAGUGUAACUUUUUUAUUUUAUUUUUGCUACUGGGGAUUGAACCCAGGGGUACUUAACCACUGAGAUACACCCCCAGCCCAUUUUUAAUGUUUAAUUUUGAGACAGGGUCUUGCUAAGUUGCUGUGGCUGGCCUUGAACUUGGAAUCCUUCUACCUCAGCCUUCAACUGCUGGGAUUAUAGGCAUGUGCCAGCAUUGCCCAGCUGCAGUGGCUCAUGAAAUCAGUUAAGCAGCUUCUAUCCAAAAAAAAAGAAAAAAAAAAAAGGAAUAAAAUAGAAAAUUCAGAAUACCGCUCAUGAAGAGUAAGUAUAGUUUAAUGAGCCUUUUGUUUCAGUUGUAUAUGCAGAUACAGUAAGUCACACAGGACCACUGGAGGCUGUAAACUGAGGGUGCUGUCUUGUUGUGUGCUGUGGAGGGAGUUCAGGGGAACGGAACUCAUGGAAGUUGCUGCCAAGAUUCGAGACAGGGCUGCUGUCUGGGAGGAGAACGCUUGGCAGCUAGGGCUUCGUGACGUGUAGGGGAUACAGCUCUCAUGGCUGCAGCCAGUGUGACACCCCCUGGCUCCCUAGACCUGCUGCAGCCUGGCUUCUCCAAGACCCUCCUCGGGACCAAGCUAGAGGCCAAGUAUUUGUGCUCUGCCUGCAGAAAUGUCCUACGGAGGCCCUUCCAGGCCCAGUGUGGCCAUCGCUACUGCUCAUUCUGUCUAACCAGCAUCCUCAGCAGCUCUGGGCCUCAGAAUUGUGCUGCCUGUGUUCAUGAGGGCAUAUAUGAAGAAGGCAUUUCUAUUUUAGAAAGCAGUUCGGCUUUCCCAGAUAAUGCUGCCCGCAGGGAGGUGGAGAGCCUGCCGGCCAUCUGUCCCAAUGAUGGGUGCACUUGGAAGGGGACCCUGAAAGAAUAUGAGAGCUGCCACGAAGGACUCUGCCCCUUCCUCCUGACUGAGUGCCCUGCGUGUAAAGGCCUGGUCCGCCUUGGGGAGAAGGAGCGCCACGCGGAACAGGAAUGCCCAGAGAGGAACCUGAACUGCCAGCACUGCCAGGAGCCCUGUGGCCAUGCUGACCUGGAGGCACACCAUGAAGUCUGCCCCAAGUUCCCUUUGACCUGUGAAGGCUGUGGUAAAAAGAAGAUCCCUCGGGAGAAGUUUCAUGACCACGUCAGGACGUGUGGCAAGUGCCAGGUCCCCUGCAGAUUCCAUUCUGUUGGCUGCCCUGAGAUGAUGGAGGCUGAGGAGCUGCUGGAGCAUGAGGCACAUCAGCUGCGGGAGCAUCUGGCCCUGGUGCUGAGCUCCCUCCUGGAGGCACAGACUCUCCCUGGGGGCCAGAACCAGGUGGGACCACAGCUACUGCAGCGGUGUCAGACCCUGGAGCAAAAGACGGCCACCUUUGAGAACAUCGUCUGUGUCCUGAACCGAGAGGUGGAGAGGGUGGCUGUGACUGCUGAGGCCUGCAGCCGGCAGCACCGGUUAGACCAGGAUAAGAUUGAAGCCCUGAGUAACAAGGUGCAGCAGCUGGAGAGGAGCAUUGGCCUGAAGGACCUGGCCAUGGCUGACCUGGAGCAGAAGGUCCUGGAGUUGGAGGCAUCCACCUACGAUGGGGUCUUUAUAUGGAAGAUCUCAGACUUUGCCAGGAAGCGCCAGGAGGCUGUGGCUGGCCGUACACCUGCCAUCUUCUCCCCAGCCUUCUACACCAGCAGGUAUGGCUACAAGAUGUGUCUUCGAGUCUACCUGAACGGUGAUGGCACCGGGAGAGGAACACAUCUGUCUCUCUUCUUUGUGGUGAUGAAAGGCCCCAAUGAUGCCCUCCUGCGGUGGCCCUUCAACCAGAAGGUGACGUUGAUGCUGCUGGACCAGAACAACCGGGAACACGUGAUCGAUGCCUUCAGGCCCGACAUAACCUCAUCCUCCUUCCAGAGGCCAGUCAGCGACAUGAACAUUGCCAGUGGCUGCCCCCUCUUCUGCCCUGUGUCCAAGAUGGAGGCCAAGAAUUCCUACGUGCGAGAUGAUGCCAUCUUCAUCAAGGCCAUUGUGGACCUGACUGGGCUGUAGCCACCCCUCAGCAGGUGCAGGAGCUCAGUGAGGAGCUGACACGCUGGUCAAGAGCCCUGCUGUGCAGGGCAGGCAGUCUGGGUGUAGGUGCUGGGGAGGCCUCAGCCUGCAGCCAUGCUCACUGUCACAUGAGGAAGGAGCUGUUGGCUAGUCCUCAGCUGGCAGAGACUGGAGAGACCCUGAUGGCUCACCCCAGAUCCCUGGUGGGAUUGGCCAGAGCUCUUCUGAUUCCCAUCAGAACUGCCCUCACUGUUUUCUGUGCAGUGUGGGGAGAGUUCCUGGGUGGGGUGCCCAGAGGGGAGCUUCAGAGCUGUCUGAGCCGCAAGAGUGUGGUGGGUGGCCUGGUGCCUUUGGUGUAGUCAUCAGAAAGGAGGCGUGGUCUGCGCUGGGAGAAGGGCCUCUGUCUGCAGAGUGUGGCCCGGAAGAGAAAGGGUGCUUGGAACCCAGGUGCUCUUAGGACAGGAGCCCGUCUGUGCUGGCCAGGCUGAGAAGCGGUGUCUAGCCCCGCCCCGUGUUGGCUACACCAUCAGGCUGUGGAGAAAUCACUAUUAAACUGUUCAGACCUC